CCCGACUCGAAUCUGACGCACAAAAGGUUAAAUUUCUCGAGAGAUACGAAGAUUAUCAUCCAUACCAUCAUCAACUGACAAGUCUUUGGCGAUCCUUUUGUCAAGUCAUUUGUUUGUGCUUGACGACCUUCCCGCGUAUUCAAAAGGAGAUCGACACUCUGCUCUAGCUCUCGCAAACAUCUCGCCAGCGUCCCAAGCUCUUUUCGCCUGUUACUCCAUCUCUUGGAGCGACAACAACAAUGAUGAUGGGUCCACCGACCUCGGACGAACUGUCCGCGAUCGUGAGCGCAGAACGAUCUCUUGGGGAUACCAUGACUGAUACGUUCUGUUUCAGACCGGAUGGAUGUCCAUUGCUCUCUGGAUAGUCGUCUUUUCACCUCAGAUAUGGGAAAAUUACCAGCUCCAAUCUGGUGAUGGUCUUUCCGUGUCAUUCAUCGUUCUCUGGCUAGCUGGAGACCUGACGAACAGUUUGGGAUCAAUAAUGGCGCAUUUGCUACCUACCAUGAUCAUUCUCGGGCUAUACUAUUCCGUUUGCGACCUCAUUCUCUUAUAUCAAGUCUACUAUUACCGCCGAAAGCGAGCUCUCAAGUCCGCUCAGACUCAGCACCAGUCGACCGAGACUUCGCCUCUCCUUCGACCAGUCGAGCUCCCACCGGCAACUCAGCCGAAGCCUUUCCUCCCACCUUACAUCGAAUACCCACUGUUGCUCCUCUUCGUCCUUGGAGCAGGUUUCGGCGCAUGGUAUGUGACGGACAGGUCAAACGGUCGUACCUCGAUGCCAGACAAGCCUGGACCAGCAAAAGGAGGUGAGGUGACACUGGAAUGGAAGAGUCAGGUGCUGGGUUGGGCUUCAGCAUGCCUUUACCUCGGUAGCAGGCUCCCUCAAAUUGCGCACAAUUAUAAGACUCGAUGUGCCGGACUCUCACUGGCCAUGUUCUUCUUUUCGAUCUCAGGCAAUGUUACCUACGUCAUGUCGAUCCUUUUCAUCUCGACCGACCGACACUACCUCCUGGCCAAUGCCGCUUGGCUCGCAGGAUCAGGCUUGACAGUCUUCCUGGACCUCUUUGUGCUCGCUCAGUUCGCUGUCUUCAAUCUUCAAGAUCGACGGGCAAGCAAGGAGCGAUUAUUAGUGGACGAUGAUCGGACGCAUCAAGUCGAAGCGGCAUAAAAUAGAAUUAUAGAGUUUCCCAGCCUCGCACCAUUUGGUCAAGUCAAGACAACCGUCGCUUGAUAUUUGUAUACGUAUCUCUGCUUUUGAAAUCAUGCUUUGUGUAUCUCAGUAUCGAGGA